AUGAAUAAGGCAAAGAACAAAGCCAAGAAAACUCAAGCAAGCACUUCCUUUGCCAAAGAUGUUUCCCAAGAAGGCUCUUCCUCGCCAGCUAAAAAAGUAUCACAAGUAAGCGCUUCCUAUCCAUCAAAACAGGUUUCCCAAGAAGGGUCUUCCCCUCAAAACAAAGAGGUAUCACCUACUUUCAAAUGUGAAUGCAACACUUCUAUAUACAAUCAAAUACGCAACGCAGAUACAACCACAGGUAUCCAAUUACUUGUAAACACUUUAGUUCAGUUCAUAGAUGAUAUUAACCAAGAUAUUGCAUGUAUUAAACAAGAUAUUGCAUGUAUUAAGCAAGAUAUUGCAAGUAUUAAGAAGGAUUUGAACAAUCCUAACACAAAUGUUGGAUGUUUGUAUGAGUUACAAGUUAAGAAUGAAUUUGAAAAGGAAUACAGUCAUGUCGAGUGGCCAAUGAUAUUGCAAAGAAAACAAUUUCCUAAGCAAUUUUUCGAAGUAGAUGCGAACAGCAGUCACUAUACUAACCUGUGCAAUGAAUUAGUGGAGUCCAAAGUGAUGUCAUUGGAGAAUGCUACAGUAUUGGACUUAUUUAUUGGCAGUGUGGAAAUUAACGUUGUUAGGAAAGAAACACAAUCCAAAAAUGAUACUCAUAUCAUUGAAGUAACAAUGUCCUCCUUUACCAAUGACUGCCAGUUGAUUUGUAAACUUUUACAAUUGGAACGACAAGCUCUUUAUUACAGAGCUUGCUAUCCAAAUGACAAAAUUACAACAAUUGGAUUGGUUUCUCCUUCCAGUUUGACUAUAGACAGAAUUAAGGGGAUCAACGUCAUUUACUUUCAUUCUUUGAAAUUUCAAUCACUCUUGAUCAAAUAUGACAAUUCCAAAUCAAGACCACUUGACAUUUUGAUUGAGGAUUGUGAAAUGGUGAAUGUUUCAAUUGAAGAAUAUAGAAAAUCAAUUCGAGAUGAUUGGGCAAAAUAUUUUAUCAUGGAGAAUUCAAAAUUUAUUUCCAAUAUCUUUCCUCUCAAAAUUCUCUAUACGAAUCAAGUCAUUAUCGUAAAAUCUCAAUUUAAUUACAUGCUUGGAGUUCAAUUUGGACACUCAGUAACUAUACAAGAAUCGGUAAUUCUUGGACACCCUUCAAUUAUCUCGAAUUUACAGACCUUUCGGAUAACUAAUUCAUCCCUAGAGUCAGUUGGCAUUCAAAGUGUGGAAAAUGUGGAUUUCAUUGGUGUGUUUUUCUUUGAAUCCAAAUUGUAUCAGACAUCAAUUUCAAUUUCUCAGAUAACUGGUUUCUCUGGCAACAAGUGGACUUUCACGGAUUGCAUUUCAAAACGAGUGGAAAAUUUUGCAUCUAUUCGCUCAGUGGAAAGUGUUCUAAUUGAGAAUAUUUUAUUGGAAAGUUCAGGUUCGAUUAGUAAUGGAAUGGUGCCUUUUAUUUAUUUAGAUAGUUGCAAUACAGUGACCAUGCUUAGGAAUAUCAUUAAGAAAGGGGUUUCCUUCAUUCAGAUUAAUUAUUAUUAUACUGUGCAAAUAGUUUCGUCUCAAUUUUAUAAUAAUGCUCCGUUGCUUAUUGAUAGAUCUUCACCAAUUGAAACAUCCCAAAGUAGAAUUUCAAUCAUUAAUUCAAAAUUUUCUGGAUCUGUUUCUAGAUAUGGACCAGUCCAAAUUAAUUAUUGCACUAAUUUAAAUAUUUAUGGUUGUGUAUUUAAUGAUAAUAUAGCAACAGUGUCUGGAGGUGCUUUGUUCAUUGGAAAUUUAGUACAUUCUUCACAAAUAGCUGAAAGUUAUUUUAUUAAUAAUCAAGUGGCAUGUGAAGGAAUUCCAAAUAUGGAAAAAUGUUCUGGUGGAGCAAUUUCAUAUACCAAUAGUGAAAACUCGAAUGGAAUUUUAAUUGAAAAAUGUAAUUUUAGAAAUAAUGUUGCAUCUAGAGGUGGAAUUUUAUAUUUUGGAAAGAAUAAUGCCUAUAUUAGGGUUACUAAUUCGACUAUGGAAAACAAUCAAGCCAAGUUGACUGGAAGCAUUGCUUAUUUUAAUUACAAGGAAGAAAGGUAUUUCCAAAUGAUUGAUGUUAAUAGGAAGAAUAAUUUUUCACCAACAAGCAUUGAUUUGGCUGAGAAGAUUUCGUAUAAUUCAGCUUCAAUUAUGGGAAUUUCCAAUGAGAAUGAUGUAUAUGAAUUGUCCAUUGGGAAAAAGUAUUCACUUAACCUUACUGGUACGGAUGGAUAUGGAAAUCAAACUAAUCAAGUUAUUGAUCAAUUAUCAAUAGAAUCAUCUGAUUCUCGUUUGACAAUGACAUUAGAUCAGCAACUAGAUUCGAUUACUUUCCAACUAUUCUUCCUUGAUUCGGCUCAGAAUUUCUCAUUGCUGGGUUUCAAAAAUACUUUUAAAAUUACAACACCUAACAACCCUGUCAAUCUUUCCAUUAUAAUCAAAUCAUGUGAUACAGGUUUUGAAAUAACAAGUACAGUUACCGAAAAAACUGGAAUUUACUUGUACGAUUGUCGACCUAUUCCUGUAUUCCCUAUUGGAAUAUUAUUGGGUUUAGUAAUUGGAUGUUCAUUAUUUGUUUUUAUUUUAGGAGUUUCUAUUGGAUUGGCAAGUUAUUGUUUGUGGAAUGUUGUUAAAAAGUUGAGAAAACUCAGACAAAAGGAAAUUGCAGAGAAACAAAUGGAAGACGCUUUAUUGAAUAAGAGAAUAAUAUUCAACAUGACAGAGGAUGAGGAGGAAUACUAUGAGAAACGACCAGAAGCCGAAUCUGGUAGUAAGAAUUCAAAAGCUUCCUAUCAGAAACUUCCUGAUUCUGAACUAAGUUCUUCCUUAAUGAAUCAAAACAAGACUAAACAUAGAUACAGCAUGUCCUCUUCAUUCAUCAUCCCAAUAGAAGAUAUCACAAUUAUCAAAAAGAUUGGUGAAGGAGGUGCUGCAAAUGUUUAUUACGGAACUUGGACGAAUAUUAAGGUUGCAAUUAAAUCUCUCAAAUCUGAAAUUAACGAAGAUUUCGAACAAAAUUUCGAAAGAGAAGCUUCCAUUUUGAGUAAUAUUAGACAUCCAAAUGUUUUAACGUUUUAUGGUGUUUGCUUAACAGAUAAAAGUCGAUACAUUGUAACUGAAUAUAUGGAGAAGGGAACAUUGGAAAAAUUUAUAUACGAAAGUAGAAAUAGAGGAAUGAAUAUUGAGCUUCUCAAGACUAUUCUGACAUUAUUGUGUGGAAUUUCUAAUGGAAUGCAAUAUCUUCAUGCACUUAAACCUGCUGUCAUUCACAGAGAUUUGAAAUCGAGUAAUAUUUUACUUGAUGAGAGGAAUAAUCCAAAAGUUUCGGAUUUUGGAUUGGUGAAAGUUUUAGGAACGAACACAAUGCAAACUCAAAUGACGAAAGCCAUUGGAACCAUCUUUUUCAUGGAAUCUUUCAUGACUGAUCAUCCAAUUGAUAAUAAGGAAGCAGCAACCAAACUAGAUGUCUACAGCUUUUCAAUCUUAAUGUGGGAAUUAUUCUUUAGGAAAAGUCCCUACCAUCACGUCAAGAAUACUUUCAAAAUUCCACAACUAGUUUGCGAUGGUGAAAGACCUCAAAUACCCUUCUCUGUUGGAAAUCAAGAAGAAAUUAGGGAAUGGUUAUUGGAAAGUAAUGGAGAAUCUAAUUCUGAUGUGGUGAUACAGUGUAUUGAUCGAUAUUUUUCACUUGUUGUAAAGUGUUGGAAUCACAAUCCAUUGGAAAGACCUUUAUUUUCGAAUAUUAGACAAGAAUUGGAAGAAAUAUUGUCAAGCAUUAACCAUUAA